AUGUUGGUGUCGAGAAGAUUCCGGCUCAGACAAUCAGCAUGGCUGUGCUUUGCUCGGGAUCUGCAUUCCACUUCCCCUCGAUCUGCCUCCCAUGCUCCUGCUCCUGCCCGCCUGGACUUCAGUGCUAUUGACCUGAAAUGGCAGCAAAAAUGGGCAAACAAGACGGCCACCGUGCGGCAGGGACAAGCCUCACGCAAAUCGUACGUCCUUCCCAUGUUUGCAUAUCCAUCCGGAUCUCUGCAUAUGGGGCAUCUACGAGUCUACACCAUAUCCGAUGUUAUCGCCCGUCACCGACGAAUGAGAGGCGAACAGGUUUUGCACCCGACCGGAUGGGAUGCGUUUGGUCUCCCGGCUGAAAAUGCUGCAAUCCAGCGUGGUGUCGAUCCCGCGAUAUGGACACAAGAGAAUAUCACAAAGAUGAAGCAACAGCUCAAGAGCAUGAACACAAGUUUCAAUUGGGAUGCUGAAAUUUCAACAUGUUUACCGUCGUUCUACAAACACACGCAGGAUAUCUUUCUGAGGCUGUACCAUCGAGGUUUGGCAUACCAAGCCGAAGCACUGGUCAACUAUGACCCAGUGGAUAGAACUGUACUUGCCAACGAGCAAGUAGAUAACAAUGGACGCUCUUGGAGGUCGGGAGCACUGGUCCAGCAGAUCAAACUCCGCCAGUGGUUUUUCAAGAUUACCGGGUUCAAGGAGGCGUUGUUGCAAGACCUCGACUACCUCGCAGAAGGCGGCAAAUGGCCUGACCGAGUAGUGACCCAGCAACGGAAUUGGAUCGGCCGGUCGAAUGGUGCACGCAUUCAAUUUGCAUUGAGGCACGAAGCUGGGACGUCCUCCAACAUUCACGUUUUUACGACGAGGCCUGAUACCUUGUUCGGCGUCAAGUAUAUCGCCCUAUCACUGACCCACCCCAUUGUGGUUCGGGCUGCCGGUCAAUCGGCAGCGCUGCAGAGUUUCGUCGACAGGCGUGCCUCUUUUCCACCCGACUCAAAAGAGGGAUUUCAACUCCCACUUCAGGCCAUGCAUCCUUUCUCGCAUUCUGGAUCGCAAGACAUUGGACCGUUACCGGUCUUUGCUGCACCGUAUGUACUUGACGACUAUGGAGAAGGCGCGGUUAUGGGCGUGCCGGCGCACGACUCUCGGGAUCUUAGCUUCUGGAAACUUCACCGCCCCUCGGAACCCGUCACCAUAGCUAUCGCACAGGAGUCUUCCGAAAACCUUCCCGCCCAACUGCUUCCUUCCGAGCCAUCGGAAGCGUAUACCAACGACGGCUUUUUGACCACAAUCUGUGGGCCCUAUGCUGGGAUGUCGAGCAGCGCGGCCCGAACAAAGAUCGUCUCUGACUUGCACAAGGACGGCCUAGGGGAGGCUGUUGAAACCUGGAGACUGCGUGAUUGGCUGGUAAGCCGGCAAAGGUACUGGGGAACGCCUAUCCCCAUCAUACAUUGUUCACAAUGCGGCACCGUCCCAGUGCCCAAGAACGACCUUCCCGUGAUGUUGCCUCCGCUCGACCCUUCCAUCAAGGGUCAGACUGGCAAUCCACUCGACAAGAUUGAUGAGUGGGUCAACUGCAGAUGUCCCACAUGUAGCGGGCCAGCAAAGCGAGAAACCGACACUAUGGAUACGUUCGUUGAUUCGUCCUGGUAUUUCAUGCGGUUCCCGGACCCGAACAACGGCGAAGAGCCCUUCUCCAAAGAGUCAGCAGCCACCAUGCUCCCAGUCGAUACGUACGUAGGUGGUGUGGAACACGCAAUCCUCCACUUGCUCUACGCGCGCUUCAUCUACAAAUUUCUGUGUAGCGAAGGCCUUGUCUCGGCCGAGAUUGGGCACGCCGAACCAUUUCAACAACUCAUCGCACAGGGUAUGGUCCAUGGCAAGACUUUCUCUGACCCGGACACCGGCCGAUUCCUGCUACCCGACGAGGUUGACAUCGCCGGCGAAUACGGUGUCAUCAAAUCGAAUGGUAAGCUAGCCAACGUGACGUGGGAAAAAAUGUCCAAGAGCAAGCAUAACGGCGUGGAUCCUACCACCGCGAUUGAGAAAUACGGGGCUGAUGCCCUGCGGGCUCACAUCCUCUUUGCAGCACCGAUCAGCGAGGUGCUACAAUGGGACGAGGAAAAGAUCGUCGGGAUACAGAGAUGGUUCGGCCGAGUCAACCGCAUUGUAGCCGAGCUCGUUGGCAUCACCAAGACUGCUCGAAGCGACCUUUUGCAGACAAUCAUUCCCGAGUUGAGCACUCUCAAUGACAGCGAUGCGAAAGCUCUGCUCCUAGCGCAGAGCACUAGUGAAAGCGUUGCGAGAACCUUCUCACGCGACAUUUACAGCCUGAAUACCGCGGUCUCUGACCUCAUCAAGCUCACAAAUGGUUUGGAUGAUAUUGGGGUCAACAAUCUGACGCCAUCGAUUGCCCAUAUAGCGGUCACCUCGCUCCUGAAGAUGAUGGCGCCAAUCACGCCGGCCUUCGCCGAAGAAUGCUGGGAAAGCUUGAUGUCGGAACCGGAAUCAGAGUGUGGCAGCAUCUUCGAUACGGCGUGGACGGGGGAGAUCAUCACCGCGGAACAAGCCAGGGCACUUCGGAGCCGACAAACCACCAUCACUUGCGCCGUGCAGUUGAAUGGGAAAUUACGCUUCACAGCACAGGUGCCAGCACAGGCAGACAACAACAACAACAACAACAACAACAACAACAAAAAAGCGCGAGAGGAGGAGAUACUGCGUGCUGUGCUCCGUACUGAGGUAGGCCGCCUGUGGCUGACAGAGAAGAAUGACUGGGAAAAGAGAAAACGAGUCGUCGUUGUUGGAGAGGGCAAAGUGCUGAACGUGGUGUUCUGA